CCACAACAACGCAGGCCAACCACUCUCCACCUGAGCAUCAGCGUAUCCGUAGCUGAUCAGCCAUGGUGCGCUCGCUGAUCUUGCUCCUCCCACUCCCCUUGCUCAUCCUACUCCUCGCCGCACCCUCCCCCACCCUCGCCUGGGGUCAAGCAGGACACGCAAUCGUAGCCACCAUCGCCCAGUCCCUCCUCCAUCCCGCCGUACGCACUCACCUCUGCACAAUCCUCCCCUCCUUCACCUCCUACACCUCCCCUUACCCACGCAAAGGUGCACCACACACCCACUGUCACCUUGCUACUCUUGCCAGCUGGCCUGACACGGCCAAAUGGCGAAUGCCCUGGUCGGGACACCUGCACUAUGUCAAUCCAGUCCAUGAUGAGCCGCCAAAGACGUGCACUUAUGGCGAGCAAGGCUUCACGGAUCAGGAGAAUGUACUCACCGGGCUUGUCAAUUACACUAGGCAGCUCAGGGAUGGCACAGGCGCCGAAAGGGACGUCGCCCUCAGAUUCGUCACACACUUUGUCGGCGAUUUGCACCAACCACUGCAUCUGACGGGUAGAGCUAGGGGCGGCAAUGACGUGUGGGUAAGAUACGAAGGCAGAAAGGCCAGACUGCACAGCAUCUGGGAUGGACAGAUCAUCAACACACAGAUCCGCAAUCUGUACAACUACACUACCCCCCUUCCUUCCCUCCCCUUUGAGUCAACUCUACAAGGCCAAGUCUGGGACCCUUACAUCCGCUGGAUUAUGGCCGAGGGUCUAGGCGUCGGCAAAACCUCUUCCGCACAGGCCUGGUGGGAGACUGAAUGGUCCUCCUGGGCCGAAUGCCCAGACCCGCCAACUGCAGAUUAUGGAGAUGAUCCCACGAACCGAGUCGACGAGACGGACCUGCCGCUCUGUCCCAUGGCUUGGAGUAGACCAUUGCACCCCCUCGUCUGUCAAUACGCCUUUGCUUCACCCGUGCCCGCGCCUGGUGAAGAGGAGGCUCUGCUGGAGAAAUGGGAGGAGAGAUACCAGGACGCAUCACCAGUGGCCGCUGGUGACGACGUCGAAGCCGAAAGGCGUCGGCGCAGACGUCGUCGUCGUCGUCCGAGUCCUAGUCCCAACCCUCAACCAACGACCAGCAGGCCUUCAACUCCUACGCACCCCUCUCCACAACCAGACCUACCAGAGCUAGCGGACGACUAUCUCAAGAGGAUCAACGACGAUCUGAUCAUUCAGAGACAGCUUGCACUGGGUGGGGUGAGGCUUGCGGCAAUUAUCAACUCUGUGUUGCUAGAGGAGGCACUGAGGGCUGAGAAGGUAGCGGAGCAGCUGCAGGAGGAGGCGGCGACGAGCGCACAGAUGCAGAUGGGGGCGCCUUGGCUUGAGAGGGUAUGGAGUGGCGUGACGGGGCUAGUGAGGAAGAAGAUGGUCCUUGGCGGCAUCUUGUGAACGAUUUUAUGACGAUGGCAAUAAUGAUGGUAGUGGUAUAUCUAGACAAGGAAGCCCGUACAAAUACAUGAUACAGCAAACCCCUUC